UGCUGUCUAAACAAAUCAUAUUCCAGAAUGAAAAGUGCAGCAAUUUUUCUGGUGUUGCUGCUCUGUCUGCAAUGGACGUGGGCUCAGGGUGAGAGUGGAGAGGUGACAGGGAAAGACACUGAGACAGAGGGAGAGAAAGAUGUUCAGUUUGAGGUACAGGGUGUCAGAGCAGCCCACGAUCAGAGCAGCAGACAGACCAACAUCACCCCUGACAUCUGGACUGAGCUGAAGGAGCUGAGAGACAUGGCCAUUGAACACAGGAUCAAGAUUGAGAAGCUGGAGCAAGAGAAGACAGUAUUGGAGGCCAGAAUCAGUGCCAGCAACAACAAGCUGGAGGAACUCAAGAGAGACAAUACAGUUUUGGAGGUCAAAAUGAACAACAGUGAAAAUGCAGUUAAGGAGCUCAAGAGAGAGAACAUGGAUCUUCUGGACAGAGUGACUGCGAGCGAAAAUAAGAACACAAUGUUGGAAACCAGAAUGACCUCCACUGAAAAUGAGGUGGAGGAGCUCAAGAGAAAGAAUGUAGAUCUUCUGGCCAGAGUAACAGCAAAUGAAAAUAGGGACACAGUGUUGGAAACCAGAAUGAGCUCUAGUGAAAACGAGGUGGAGGAGCUCAAGAGACAGAAUGCAGACCGUCCAAAGGUGGCAUUUUCAGUUGGUCUUACUGAUGCAGGAAGCAUAGGAACCUUCAACACUGACAUCACACUGAAGUUCAGUAAAGUCUUCACCAAUAUUGGCCAGGCCUACAGCCCGACUACAGGUAUCUUCACAGCCCCAGCCAGAGGAGUCUACUACUUCAGAUUUACUGUGUGGGAGAACCGCUCUUCAAUGUGGACGGGUGCUAAACUCUAUCACAAUGACAAGAGAGUGAUGUGGAGUUACGAUUACAAUGAUAACUUGGGUUAUGUCUCUGUGUCUAAUGCAUUAGUUCUUCAACUGGAAAAGGGAGAUGUGGUCUAUAUGGUUCUCCCCUCAGGCCAUGGUAUGUUUGAUGAUUCUUACAAUCGUACAAUUUUCAGUGGAUUUCUACUUUUUGCUGUAUGAUGUCGCCUGUAAAACAUCCAUACUUAACUGCAUUAACUUUCAAUGUCACACUAUUAAAAAUAUGUGUGCCAAUUAAAUCAAAGUAA